AUGGCCCGCACCAAGGUCAAAGCCGAGGAGGAGCAGGGGAUGAGUGCAUUCGAGAAGAUGCGCCUCGCAAACAUUGCGAAGAACAAGACCAUGUUGGACGACUUGGCCAAGGCUUCGAAUAAGAUCAUGCCUUCCAAGCCCAAACCAGCACCAAAGUCUCGGUCGACUCCAGUAAAGAAGGAGCCUGUCGCUCCCACUGGCCCGGUCCGUCGCAGUGCUCGCGUUGCAGGCUUCGACGCCGACAACGAGACCCUGAAGCGCAAGUACGAGGUCGAGGUUGAAGAAAAGGCUGCCCAAGAAAAGGCCAAAAAGACGAGGAUCGGUGGCAACCUUAGUCUGGGAGACAUCGCCGUCGACGGCAAGAAGUUCAACAACGGAAUCACCGGAUUGAGCGCACUGGUCCCUCGGGGAGCCCAGCCCGGCGUCCCCACAUUCACGGAUGAAGACGUGGAGAACACGUCUGAUAAGGACCUGAAGGAUCUGCGCAAGAAGAUGGGCAAGUUGGAGCUCUAUGAGAAAUGGAGCCCGCAAGACAUCAAGAUUUGUCCCUUGCGCAUCUACGCUGCCACUUUCCAUCCUACAGAGGACAAACCCCUGGUAUUCGCCGGUGAUAAGGAAGGCGCUCUAGGUGUUUUCGACGCCUCUCAGGAUGGCCCCCCGGAGAACGAUGAUGACGAAGACGCCUGGUUUGACCCCAAGAUUGGUGCCUACAAAAUCCACACUAGAACUAUCACAACCAUCAUCGUUUCUCCGUUCGAGCAGCAAAAGGUUUACACGUCCUCAUACGACUCUACCGUCCGUGUGCUAGAUUUAGAAAAGGACGUUUGUUUGCCCGUCUGGGAGCCCGAGGACAAGAAUGAAGAUAUCCCCCUGUCUGCCAUUGAUAUCCCUCUAACAGAUAAGAACAUUAUCUAUUUCUCCACUCUCAACGGCGCCGUUGGAAAGGUCGACAUCCGCGACCCCAAGUCCACAGAGAUGUGGCAGUUGUCCGACAACAAGAUUGGAGGCUUCUCUUUGAACCCGCGCGAGCCACACCUUCUUACCACGGCGUCUCUCGACAGAACGGUCAAGAUCUGGGAUUUGCGGAAGGUCACCGGCAAGGGAGAUAUGAGACACCCUGCCAUGCUCUAUGAGCACAACUCCCGCCUAUCAGUCUCUCACGCGUCAUGGAGUCCCGGCGGCCACAUUGCCACGUCUUCCUACGAUGACACAGUCAAGAUUUACGACUGGGCAGAUCAUACCGACUGGGACAAGUCUACCGAGAUGGAGCCGAAGCAUAUUGUAAAGCACAACAAUCAGACUGGCCGUUGGGUGACCAUCCUCAAGCCCCAGUGGCAAAAGCGCCCGAAGGAUGGCAUCCAGAAGUUCGUGAUUGGGAACAUGAACCGUUUCGUCGACGUGUACGCCGCCAAUGGCGAGCAACUUGCGCAGUUAGGUGGAGACGGCAUCUCGGCUGUCCCCGCUGUCGCUCACUUCCAUCCGACGAUGGACUGGGUGGCCGGUGGUACGGCAAGUGGAAAGCUGUGCUUGUGGCAGUAA